UCCUGGUAUGCGCAGAAGCUUGUUCUUUCUCGUGCAGUCACCACACCAACCGGUGUGAUAGUGUGCAAAAAUGAAGACAACAUUACUUCUUGUUGGAUUAUGCCACCUCCUUGGACUGGGGAUAACAUUAGUCGCUGCCGAUGCCUUCAACGAUGAUCACCGGCUGAUUACAGAUCUUUUCAACUCUUCAACCUACGUUACCGAUGUAUUUCCCAGGAAGAACAAUUCACACACAAUGAGAGUCGACUUUGGUUUGGCUGCAGUGGGCGUCGACCUUGACGAGCUGAACAAGAUUCUUCACAUUCAUGCCUGGCUGAAAAUGGUCUGGAAGGACCCACGCCUUGCAUGGGAUCCUGCUAAAUAUGGCGGUGUGAAAGUCCUUCGUGCAAGCGAUCGACGUGUUUGGAAACCGGACAUCGAACUUUACAACAGCGCAGAGGACUCGCGACUUUUCCCCCAAGAUAACCAUAUACAUGUCGUGAUAUACAGUGAUGGCACCGUGCUCUGGAUUCCGACCAGAGAACUGCAAGCGAAAUGCGCGAUGGACCUAAGGCGUUUCCCAUUUGACUCACACACGUGUGCUCUCAAGUUUGGGUCAUGGACUUUUGAUGGAUUUAAGAUCGAUCUCGAUUUCUAUGAAGGACGCCGCGCCAUCGACAUGAAUGAUUUUGUGCAGCACAGUGAGUGGGACGUCACCAAGACCCUCGGGGAGAAGUCGGUCAGGUAUUACCCAUGCUGUACGGAACCUUACCCUUCCCUCCAAUUCAAUAUCACCUUUAAAAGGCGGGCGACCUACUACUCCAAUAUCUUCAUCGGGCCGGCUGUCGUGAUGGCGAUGCUGAUUCCUCUAACCUUCCUCAUGCCGUCAGAAUCAGGGGAGAAGGUCACACUAGGUGGAGCAAUAAUGAUCUGUCUCAUUCUGAUGGUACUGCUGCUGGAGAACUACCUACCGUCUGCACUGUCCACCGCAUCGCUCAUUGCCAUGUAUUACACGUCGAGCUUCAUCAUGAUGGGCGUCUCCCUGGCUCUGUCUGCGCUGACUUCAAACCUGAGCCGUUGGCAAUCUCAACCACCCGCUGCAUUGUCUCAGAUCAUGAUCGGAUGUUUUGGCCGCAUCCUGUGCGUAAACCCCACCACCCAUUCGAGCGUGAAAGAACAUGACGAUCCCGGGAACAAGGGUCAGGCGGAUGAGGUCAGGAUGGUUGAACCCAGAAAGGUGGUCAACGAAUGGAGAGUCAUCUCUAUCGUCAUGGAUAGACUGCUGGCUGUCGUCUUCCUCGUGGCGGUCGUGAUACUGACCAUCGCAAUCUUCGCUUGAUAUGGAAUCGAAGGCAGGUGCCAUGAGAGCUUUAUAGACCGGAGGUUAUAUGACGUAAUGACGACAUGUACUUUUAGUAUAGUUCCAAAGAUUUAACCGCAUUAUAGCACAUGGAAGCUUGCACCUGUUUCUACCGGGUGCAUCAGAAUAAAUGUAGAGUGAUUCUCUCUAGA